UAGAACUAAAACUAUUCCUCUUUUACAUAUAUAUGUAUAAUUUUCCAUAUAAGUAGAUAUACAUGUGCAAAUGCACAUUUUUGUAUAUGAAUUCAGUAGUUCACAUGGAGGUCAGAACCUUCUGCUGCCUUUGGAACUCCGUCUUGCUCGUACAGAUAAUUUGUAGGACCAGCAGGACAAUGAAGCCUCAUUCGGAACCUCCUAGGCCUUCAUUGCCAACAAUACAACCAGCUCGAAAAUAUCUCAACAUACUUUUUACAAGAAAUAGCCAAGGAUGAGGAUAUGUCCCCAGCCAUUGCAGCUAUGAAGGCUUUAACUGAGUCUUUGCGUAUGGAUGACUCAACAACAUUGCAGGAAUUCAUUGAAAAGAUGAAAGUAGCUCGAGAAGCCUUGAGCAGGACAGAUGUUUCAGUAGUGUCUGUGUCAUCUGGAUGUGAGCUUUUCAUGAGAUUCAUCACACUUUCACACUUGGAGCUGGAACAAGCAACAGAUUUUGCUUCUUGUCGUGAAAUUUUACUAAGGAGAGGUGAAGACUUUGUGAGCAGCAUGCAGGAGAGCCGAAAAAAGAUCCUCCGUUCAAGUCACAACUUAAUAAAGGAUGGCAUGGUGAUCCUGACUCAUUCUAAAUCACGAAAUGUCUUGGCUGUAAUGGCAGAAGCAGCAAGACAGGGGAGACAAUUCAAGGUUUUUGUAACUGAAUCACAACCAGAUUGUUCUGGAAAGAGAAUGGCAGAAGAUCUGAGAGCUGCAGGCAUACCAUGCACAGUAAUUUUAGAUGCUGCCGUGGGUUAUGUAAUGGAGCAAGUAACAAUGGUUAUGUUGGGUGCAGAAGGUGUUUGUGAAAAUGGAGGAAUUAUUAACAAGAUUGGCAGUUAUUCUUUAGCAACUCUUGCCCACAUGAAACACAAACCAGUUUAUGUGUUGGUAGAGAGUUACAAGUUUCUUCGAACCAUCCCACUCAACAAUGCUUCUCUCCCAAAAUCUUACUUGUAUAAAUCGUCAGUUCUGAAUUCUGACAAAGAUUUGAUACCAGAACACCCCCUAGUAGACUACACUCCUCCAGAUAACAUAACUCUCCUGUAUACGGACCUGGGGGUAUUACCAACUUCUGCUAUUACAGAGCAUCUCAUUAAAUUGUACACAUAAGAAUAAGUAGUUAUUUUUUGAAGUGAUUUAUUAAAUGUCUUGAUUUCCCUUGAUGUUUAUUUUGCCUUAUUCAAAUACAUAUUAAGAAUACCGUU